CAGUAAACCACAUACCAACCAUUGAACAUCUUCUGUGGCCAGCCGGCAUCCGUGCAGCCGCCAGCACCAGCAGGCCAUGACAUGGCACCAUGUUUGAGCUGACAGCUGACUAGCUGAGCGUGCCGCCUUGCCGUGUCGGGGAGCUGAGCUGAGCCUAGAGACGCCAAACGGAAUGGCGAAAGCGACCGGCCGCGCGGCGGGCAGCAGGAGCUGCAUCGAGAGGCUGCCUGCGCCCCGCGCCCAAUCCUCUUCCUAAAUCCUAAUCCCCUCCGCCUCAUCCCCUUCAACCCCACGUCUCUCUCGCCGAAGGCUCCGGCCUCGUCGGGAUCCGGUGCUGGAUUGACGCAAUGGCGCCGCUCCACGCCGCGCUGCCGCCGCCCUCCUCCGCCGCCGCUCACCACCACGCGGCAGCCCCGCCUGUCUUCCUCGCCCGCUCGCCGUACCACCCCCGCAGGGCGGCGGCCUCCUGCCCGCUCGCCGUCGCUGCCGCUCCCUCGUCGAGAAAAGCGUUCUUGUCGUGCCCGCUGCUGGGCCACUGGACCACGGCCGCGCCGCCGCGCGCCAUCCCCUCCUCGUCGUCGUCGUCGACCCCGGCGCUCAUCGCGUCCGUGCAGGACCUGUAUGACUUCAUCUGCUGCGGCCCGCUGGUGGACAGGAUCGGCUACACCAGUGAGAAGAUCACCGAGUCCAUCGACCGCUGGCUUCUCGCCGGGGCUAGGGUGGCGCGCCUCUUCCGCCUCAACGAGCUCCAGCUGUCGGACGCCGAGAAGGCCCGGAUAUACCACUUCUACAUCCCCGUCUUCCUCUGGUGCGAGGACGAGGUCAUGGUGCACAGAGCCAGGUACAACGACGGCGAUGACAUCCCGCCAUUGGUGAUCGGGGUCAGCGCUCCCCAAGGAAGUGGGAAGACGACUCUUGUGUUCGCACUUGAUUAUCUUUUUCGGGUUGCUGGUAGGAAUUCUGCCACAUUGUCUAUAGACGACUUCUAUCUGACAGCAAAAGAACAGAAUGAAUUGAGGGACAGAAAUCCUGCAAAUGCUCUUUUAGAGUUCCGCGGGAAUGCUGGAAGCCACGAUCUCCAACUCUCAGUGGAAACACUCGAGUCACUGAUCAAGCUAACGAAGGAAGGUAUGAAGAUGAAGGUUCCACGGUAUGACAAGUCUGCGUUUGGGGGAAGGGGUGACCGGGCUGAUCCUUCUGUAUGGCCAGAGGUUGAAGGGCCCUUAGAGGUUGUUCUGUUCGAAGGAUGGAUGCUUGGAUUUAAACCUCUUCCAAAUGAAGUUGUGAAAGAAGUGGAUCCACAGCUGGAGGUGGUUAACAAGAACCUUGAAGCAUACUCUGAUGCUUGGGACAGGUUCAUCCAGUCAUGGAUUGUUAUUAAAAUAAGAGAACCCGGUAGCGUUUACCAGUGGAGACUGCAGAGGUCGCUAUGAGAGCAGAUGGAAAGCCUGGAAUGUCUGAUGAGGAGGUUAUGGAUUUUGUAUCACGCUACCUACCGGCAUACCAUGCAUAUCUGCCAACACUGUACAAAGAGGGGCCGAAUGGUUCGAAUCCAGAUCAUCUGCUGGUCAUCGACAUAGACGAAAAUAGGAACCCUAUCUGUGGUGGAUCAUGGGACAUCUCAUGUUUGUGAAACUACUUUUAUGAUGGGCCGUCAAACACCACUGGCCUCUUGUUGCCCUACACUCUGGUAGUGUAAAUCUGUGAAUUCCAUGUAAAUAUGAAUUUCGCUUCUUAAGGCACUUUUUAAUCUGGCAUGGUCUUUAGCUUGAA